CUUCAAUUUGAGCUAAGCUGGGAACCGGCUCGGCAAGGGUUAACGCGGCAGCAGUUCCUCUCCGGUGCUCCCCGCAGAGCCUGUUAUGGCCUUUAAGCAGACGUCGCUAAUGCAUCCCGCACCAGCCCCCUCUCGGGCUGCCACUGGGGUUUCCUGCUUGUGCGGCAGGCAGUGAGCCGAGCGCGGCAGCCUUCCCGCGAGCCCAGCUGCCUUAACGGAGCAGAGCCCGGGAACCGACCGAGGCAAGCAAGCCUGCCUUCAGCUGAUAUACCCCCGAGCCCGGGUUCCUCAGGUGCGACGCUUUGCACUCAGCCGGGAGCCUUGCAGACAACAGAUCACUGGAGGAUCCUGAGCUUGCCUUCUUGUUUCUUAGUUCUCCUGGCUCAAUUUCUUUCUGUGAGCGCUAAUAACAAAACUUUUGAGGAAGGAAGGAAUGGCUUGAACAUCAAUAUUCAUAGCUAAAUCUUGGCACAACUCUAUUGGCAAGACCCAAGGAAUCACCAUGUGGUCCCGCUUCUUGAGAACAGUUCCCGAAGGCCAAGGCUGUCAGAUUUCCAUCCUAAUAAAACAGUGAUGAUGAGAAACCAUUGGUAUUUUUAUCUGAGAAAGGAACUUUGAAUGGAUUUGCCAUGGUGACAUGAAAAAGGACCAGGAUGGAAAAUAGACUGUCACAGGGGCAAUUCCAUACAUGUAUGGCCUCUUUGUGAAACUAUCUCCAGUCUUUCCUGAGCUGAGACCUGGAGGGAGGGAGGGGGGAAGGGUGGGUGGGGUGGGGUGGGGAAGGAACCUGAAAACUCUUUUCCAAAGCAAGGAUGACUUUAGUAAGGAUCCGGAGGAGCUUCCGGCAUGUAUCUCCUCAAGUGGUGCUCUUCUUGCUCUUUGCCUUCUGCCUGCUCAGUGUUUUUGUCUCCGCAUAUUAUUUAUAUGGGUGGAAGAGGGGACUGGAACCCUCAGGAGAUAUCCCGAGCCCAGACUGUGAUGAACCGAAGAUUGCUCCUUCACGCCUGCUACCAAUAAAACCCAUCAAAGUGGUAGAUUCUUCUCGGACUGACCCCUUGGUCCUUGUGUUCGUGGAAAGCCUUUACUCUCAACUGGGACAGGAGAUUGUGGCCAUCUUGGAAUCUAGUCGUUUCAAAUAUCUGACAGAGAUUGCUCCGGGGAAGGGAGACAUGCCUACAUUGACUGACAAGGACCGAGGGCGCUUUGCACUUAUCAUCUAUGAGAACAUCCUGAAGUAUGUGAACCUGGAUGCCUGGAAUCGUGAGCUCUUGGACAAGUACUGUGUAGAGUACGGUGUAGGCAUCAUUGGCUUUUUCAAGGCGAAUGAGAACAGCUUACUGAGUGCUCAGCUGAAAGGUUUCCCCCUUUUUCUCCACUCCAACCUUGCACUGAAGGACUGCAGCAUCAAUCCCAAAUCACCGCUUCUGUACAUCACGCGGCCCAGCGAGGUAGAGAAGGGACUUCUUCCAGGGGAGGACUGGACAGUCUUCCAGUCAAACCAUUCCACAUAUGAACCAGUCCUCCUCGCUAAAACCAAGUCAGCUGAAUCCAUCCCACACAUGAGCAUUGAUGCUGCACUUCAUACCACCGUCGUACAAGACCUGGGACUCCAUGAUGGCAUCCAGAGAGUCCUUUUUGGCAACAAUCUCAACUUUUGGCUACACAAACUGGUCUUUGUGGACGCUGUUUCAUUCCUGACCGGCAAAAGGCUUUCACUUCCCCUUGACCGUUACAUCUUGGUAGAUAUUGAUGACAUCUUUGUUGGCAAGGAAGGCACACGGAUGAAGGUGGAUGAUGUCAAGGCUUUGUUUGAUACUCAGAAUGAACUACGUACCCACAUCCCAAAUUUCACCUUCAAUCUGGGCUACUCAGGGAAAUUUUUCCACACAGGUACAGAUGCUGAGGAUGAGGGAGAUGACCUUCUGCUCUCUUAUGUGAAGGAGUUUUGGUGGUUCCCCCACAUGUGGAGUCACAUGCAGCCUCACCUUUUUCACAAUCAAUCUGUGUUGGCAGACCAAAUGGCCAUGAACAAGAAAUUCGCCGUAGAACAUGGCAUCCCCACAGAUAUGGGAUACGCAGUGGCCCCUCAUCAUUCAGGGGUGUACCCAGUCCAUGUGCAACUCUAUGAGGCCUGGAAACAGGUGUGGGGGAUCAAAGUAACAAGCACCGAAGAAUAUCCUCAUCUCAAACCAGCUCGCUACCGAAGAGGAUUUAUUCACAGUGGAAUCAUGGUUCUUCCACGGCAAACCUGUGGAUUAUUUACACACACCAUAUUCUAUAAUGAAUACCCAGGUGGCUCGAGUGAAUUGGAUAAAAUCAUCAAUGGAGGCGAGCUUUUUCUGACUGUUCUCCUUAAUCCCAUCAGUAUCUUUAUGACCCACCUCUCCAAUUAUGGAAAUGACCGCCUGGGUUUGUACACCUUUAGGCAUUUGGUCCGUUUUCUGAACUCCUGGACUAACUUGAAGUUACAGACGUUGCCACCUGUGCAGCUGGCACAGAAGUAUUUCCAGAUAUUCUCUGAAGAAAAAGACCCCCUUUGGCAGGAUCCUUGUGAGGACAAGCGCCACAAGGAUAUUUGGUCCAAAGAGAAGACCUGCGACCGGUUCCCCAAGCUACUAAUUAUUGGUCCUCAGAAGACAGGCACCACUGCCCUCUAUCUCUUCUUGGGGAUGCACCCUGACCUGAGCAGUAACUAUCCCAGCUCGGAGACCUUUGAAGAGAUCCAGUUCUUCAAUGGACAUAAUUACCACAAAGGCAUUGACUGGUAUAUGGAGUUUUUCCCCAUUCCUUCCAACACUACUUCUGAUUUCUAUUUUGAGAAGAGUGCCAAUUACUUUGAUUCAGAAGUCACACCAAGGCGGGCUGCUGCACUGCUUUCCAAGGCAAAAAUAAUCACCAUCCUCAUCAAUCCUGCAGAUCGGGCCUACUCUUGGUAUCAGCAUCAACGGGCACAUGAUGAUCCAGUUGCUCUGAAGUACACUUUUCAUGAGGUGAUUACAGCUGGACCUGAGACCUCUCAGAAGCUUCGGACUUUACAGAACCGUUGCCUAGUACCAGGCUGGUAUGCUACCCAUAUUGAACGCUGGUUGAAUAAUUUCCACACCAAUCAGAUUCUUGUUCUGGAUGGCAAGCGACUACGCACAGAACCAGCCAAAGUAAUGGAAACAGUCCAGAAAUUUCUUGGCGUGACAAACACCAUAGAUUAUCAUAAAACUCUAGCGUUUGAUCUCAAAAAAGGAUUCUGGUGCCAACUAUUAGAGGGAGGGAAGACCAAGUGCUUGGGUAAAAGCAAAGGAAGAAAAUACCCAGAGAUGGAUUUAGAUUCCAGAGCAUUCUUGAGAGAUUAUUAUAGGGACCACAACAUAGAGUUAUCCAAGCUACUGUAUAAAAUUGGCCAGACACUGCCAACUUGGCUGCGGGAAGAACUCCAGAACACUAGAUAGCCACUUCAAAUCUCUUGUAUUAAGCAAUAGUAGAAUGGAUCCUUGGGGAGGAUCUCAAACCUCUACUCCAGGCCAACAGGAUGUGAUAAGAUGUGAGAUAUUCAACAGAGAAGAAGCAUUUUGACCAAUAUCCAUUCAAGAUAUUUGAGGAAAAAUGGGAAACUGCCAACAUGGUUAAACCUGGAAGCUUGGAAGAAAGCAGCCAUCUGAAGAACUACUGGAAUUGAUGUACAAGCUGUGCCUCAGGGCCAAGCCAGGACUAUUACAUCUAUUUCUGCCAGAUUGCUGAAGACCCCAGCUUUACUGAAAGUAUUGAGGUGUGCCUCCUUGGCUAUAAUGCCAGGUUUUGGUGAAGAAGAUUUGUAACGAUCUGAGUUUUCCUCACAUGUUAUUUCCAAUAUCUGGAAUAAUAUUACAACAAAAUGACUCUUCCUCUUUGGAUAGAUGGCACGAGAGAACCAAGAAUUCGCCAGGGAUCAAGAAUAAUAGUCCUGCACAUGUAUGGGUUUGCAGCAGAACAUCAUUGGUAAUAUGAACAUGGAGCCAGAGGGAGGUCAUGCUUCAAGCAUGGACCUAAUUAUGCAAUUUGGGCUCAGACUGAGAUAGGACUGACAUAGUGUUCUGGAGCAGAGUUCUUAGUUAAAGCAGAUGCUCUGUUUUUAUACGAAAGACUUUGGAGGACUUUGGUAUUGGCAAUAUUUAGAUUAUCCCAGAUGGAUUUUUUCUGUCUUCUUAUUUAGAAAUAUAUUGGGAAAGGGAUGGAAUGACCAAGCGUGAGCAACAUAGUCAUCUGACAAUGUUGGCAAGAGAAUUUGCUCCAAAGAGAUCUUUUAAUUUGUGCCCUUCUUACAGCCCUGUCUCUGGUUUCAACAUACAAUUAUGUGAGAUGUGGUUUGAGAUUCAAUAAUUGAAUCCAAUAUUUUUUUUUUUAUUUCUGGUGCACAUAUCCUGCCUGUUUGAAAGAGGAUGACAUUCUAGCAUCAUGUGUAAACUUUGCUCUAAUGGUCAUCCUAAAUACAACUUACGAGAAUUGAUCUUCAUGAGUACUGAACAAACAGUAUUUUAGUAGUUUUCUUUUUGAACAUUUUGGAGUGGGAUAGGGGAUACAUAUUAGAGUGGGUAUUCCCAAGUAUUAGGGUCUUAUUUUCCCACCUUUUUGCUAUUAUAGAGGAUAGAAAAAAAUGGCCCAUGGGUUUGGUUGAUUUGUCAUCAUAAUGUCUGUUUCUGUUAGAAUCAUUUUAGGAUAAGCCUGUGGCUGUCUAUUUUUCAAUUACUUCCUCCUGUCCAAUGUGUCUUAUUGAGCUGUGACUGAGACUUUCCGAUAACCCACUUAUUCUAGUUUACUAAGUUCCUUUGUGUGUAUAUGUGUAUGUAUGGAAUUUAUAAAUAUGCUGCUAAUAGUAUUGUGUAUUCAUGCAUGCACACACACAUAUACACACUUGCCCAUCUUUGCUGUCUGUGUUUGGAGCUACAUUAACAAGGUAAAUAGAACCCAUUUCCCCCCAUUUGGCUUAUUCUGUUCUGUCCUGCUACAUAUUGGAUGUGUCAUAGGAAAGGCAUGUUAAACUUGCAGUCCAGAGGGGACAGGAAAAACAGAGGUCAUGACAAGAGUCAAAGCCUUUUGAAAAGCCUUUUUAAUUCCUCAGUGGAGGAAUUAAUGGCACUGGAAUUUAGACUGGUCUGACUACUGUUUGAUCCAAAGUUGGAGAGUUGCUAUAAUAUUUUUUUUUUUAAAAAAACUUGUUAGUAUUGCUAAUGAAGAAACAUUUACUAUAAAUGCAACAGUGGGGUAUCAAAAAGAUUUCCAAGCUUUUUCAAUUUGGAGGUAGAUGUCUCUUCCUCCUCCCUCCCAGAAUAUCUUCCUGUUUUGCCUAAAGGUUUCUAAUACUGGAAGCGAUUUGCUAGACCAGCCAUAUUGUCCUGGUUUUCAUUGAAGCUGUAAUCAUACUAGCACUAGUUCCAUAAAUGAACAUUUGGACAAAAGGCAGAAGCAAGAAAAGGUUUCUUCUUAACUUAGACCUUGACUGCCCAUAAUUGCUGCCAAAAGCUUAUAGGCCUCUUUUGGGUCAGAGUAACUCCGUAGAGGUCAAAAGUUAUUCUCACACCAGUGUCGGCAAUUCUUCUAAUACUGUCUGUGGCUUCAAUUCCAGUUCUUCUAAAGUCCAUCACAAUCUAGCUAUAGCUUCAACACAUUUGUUCCCAUUGAUCCUGUGUGUUAGCACCAUCUAGUGGAUCAUGAAAUUCCAUAGACUCGUAAACAUUUGAGUAAAAUAAGAGUAAAAGCUGCAAAGAGCUGUAUAACCCUUUAGUGCAGUAAUCUAAACUGAAACAUGCCCAGUAGCUGACUGCCUUGCCUCACCUCUACUUGAAAUUAACCAGUAAAAUAAUUUAUUUCACUGAAAUUCAAAUUUCCCUGAAUAUUAGGAGGAGCUCCCCACCCUCUAAUAAUCACAAUCUGUCUUUCUGUGUCUUAAUCUAUUUUUUUGCAUCCUGCAGUCUUGCAUUGUAGAUAACACAUCUCUGCGUGAUGUGCUUUCAGAUAUAGGAAGACUGAGAUCGAAUCCCUCUAAAUCUUAAUAUUAUGAUUUUUCAAUCCCUCUUUAUAGUUCUUACCAUUGUUCUUCUCUGAGUUAAUUACUCCUCUUCACCUUCAUUAUGUUUGUUUAGGCAGCUAUGCCAGUAAUUAAUGUACAUUUGAGACAAGCCCGAGUAAGAUCAAACACGGGAAGAUGACAUUUUGUUGCCAACUCUUUUAAUACAGUAUUUUACGUGCAGCCUUCUGUAUGAACAGAUUUGCUCUAUUUGAAAGCAAAGUAUGCUGAAGAGUUCCAAGCUUCCCAGUACCCCUAAUUAGUUGGACAUUUAAGGUAGAAUGAAUAUGACUGGGGGUGGGCAGGAGGCAGAAUUGCAUCUAUUGGCAAAUUUAGCUUGCCCUUCUGUUGCAAAUCAUCCAGAGGUCUUGGCUGGCUGGGGGAAUUCUGGGAGUUGAAGUCCACGCAUCUUAAACACCUGCCACGUUUGAAAAACAUGGAUGUCGAAGGAGGCUAUUGGCAGAAAAGAUGCAGUGACAGACUUGAAAUGACAAGACCUUAACAUUUGACAUUUUCAGCCUUAUGAAAUAAGACACAAAGUCAGCAGGCUGUCCCUUCCAAGCCAUUGUAAAAAUAGGGAGGGGGGAGUCAAGAAAAAAGUGACUGCUGAAGUAUGGUAACGGAAAGACUGUAUUGGUCCAUUUGGGAUAUGGGUGAUUAAUCAGAAAUGGUAAGCUUCCUUUGAGAAAUUUUGGCUUGGAGCACACAAAAGGCUGUCCAGUACUGGGUUGAUUUUGCUACGACUUCAGAUUUCUGAGUAGACUUCAAUGCAGAAACCAAAAACAAAACUCUGAAAUUAUAAUCUGCAAAACAAUAUAUUUUCCUUUGCCCUUUGUGGAUAGAAUAAAACUUUACAACUUAAGAACAAGGGAUUUACACCCCUCCCCUUUUUACUCCUGUUGUUGAGUGCAGUUUCUCUGUGCAUCUUUUGUGCAUCAGGAUACCUGAAUCAAACUACCAAGUUAAGCAAUUGAUAAGGUGAAAAUACAGUCUUACUUAUCUGUAUGAUGGCCUUCGGGAAGCUGUUUUAAGGCAGUCCACAGAAGCAAUGGUAACUGCUACCUAAAAAGUCAUUCUCAUUUGAAUAUUAUUAUUAUCCCUGUCUUACAGUAAUAAAAUGAUGUACAACAUUUAAAGUUUAGCUUCUCAAGAUAACAGUCUACAUGGUGUAGAAUGUUGCCAAAAGCGAGACAUGCAAAAAAGAAUUAAAAUUUAGAAUGUGCGUAAGGAAAGUAUUAAUUUGUACUGCUCCCAAAUGCUGGUGUGAUUUAAUGUACACUAGAGAGAGGAGGAAACAUUUGCCUUUUCACAUAGUAAGUUGGUCAGCAAUAGUUGGAAAACACCACUCUCUCUGGGUAACAGAGGACUUAACUAAAAUCUGAAUUUGAAGAAGGACACUUUUGUUUUUUGUUUGAGGUUUUUGUUUUUUGUUAAAAGGAAGAACUCUGGGAAUUCCUUUUGUCAUGUUUGCAUGAGAUUCUGUAUGUUUUCCCAUUGGGAAGGGUAGGGGUUAUUUUGUCAUGGUGGGAGGGAGGAAAGGGGAGGGAAUAUUUUUAAAAGUCUUUCUCCCGUAUUUUUAAUCUGUACUUGAACUCAUUUUGGGUUCAGAAAACUGUGUCACUAAUGUAAUGUCCUGGUGAACUAACUGCUAAUAAAAUGGGGUUGUCUGUUUUUAGUUAA